ACCAGUUGUAGAUACCAAAUAAGAGCACGAUUAACAAGGCUUGUGAUUUAUCUUUGGUCUUGUGCACGACUCCCGCCACUUUUCCCUUUUUUGACGUAUCCCUCCCCGAAAAAUCUAAAAGAUUUAGUGGAGGUGUAGCAACAGGGAGGGAUAAGGCUAUAUCAAAAUUAUUCUUAAAUCAAAAUCAGCCUUUUGUUUGUUCAAUUGAAUACUUAUUAAAGUGGUGGUAAGGAGAAAGGAUCAUGAAUCUUCGCCAUUAUAAUAAACCAUUGCAUUCCAUAUGGAGUUAUAUCAUUCUAUUAUCAUAUUUGAUUAACUUUAUCAAUGGUGCCGUUGCCACAAGUGAUUAUCAUCCAAAAGUUACAAUAACAACUGAAAAGCAAGUGGCAACUGAAAUCAAAUAUUUCGAUGAUUCAUCUAAUAUAUUAGUCCUUCGUCGUCUGGUGCUUUCUAUAUCUUUUGAUGAUGGUGCAUCUUAUAAAGUUGUCGAAGAGACUAAAGAUGAUAAGAUUAUUCAUCUUGAAUUAGAUAAAUUCAACAAAUUAAGAGCAUUUGCUUUCACUUUAUCAAAUAAUCAAUAUGUUACUAAUGAUCAAGGUAAAACUUGGCAAAAAUUUGAAAUCAAACACGAUAAAAGUGAAAAACUUGAUUUAGUAUCAAUUCCUUUAAUUACUUUGAAUGCAAAAUCUCCUGAUUUAGCAUUAUUCGAUUAUUAUGAUUGUCCUGAUAAAAUGUUUAAUGCAAAAUGUAAAAGAAUUUACUUUUAUACUCAAGAUGGUUUCAAAACAAAUCCAAAAAGACUAAAUAUUGAUCUGUCAGUAUGUAAAUUUUCAAAAUCAAAUUUGGAAUUUGAUAAUACUCAGGAUCAAGAUUCAACCAUUUAUUGUGCAAAACAUACUUUAAAUUCAUUCGGUCAUGUGGUGGAAUCAAAUGUUGCCAAGUCAAGUGAUUUCUUUAAUAAAGUUGAUCUUAUUAAUCAUCAUCAUUCAAAUAAUGGUAAAAUUAUCGAUAUUAGAAUCGAACUGAAUUUCUUAAUCUUGGUAGUUCAAAAUGAUAAAUUUAAUGAAAAUUCAAGAGUUUCUAUCUUAGUAUCAAAGAAUGGUCAUCAUUUCCAUAAUACUGAUUUAAGAUUAGGAACUGCUUAUGGAUUAAUGACAUUCUUAGAAGCUUCACCUUCAUCAUUUUUCGUCUCAGUAAUGGAAUUUAAAGGUAUAUCUAGUUCUGGAACCUUUUAUGGUUCUGAUUCUGCUGGAACAAGAUUAACUAAACUCUUGGGUGAUAUUAAUGAUGGGGCAAUUAAGAAAAUCGAUAACAUAGAUGGAGCUUGGUUAGCUAAUACUGGUACCAUUGCCGAAAGUACUGAUGGAUCUACUAAUUUAAUUGAUUUAUUAAUUGGUGGUGGUAGUCUGAAAGAUGUAGUAUCAAAAUACUCAUUUAAUGAUGGACAAGAUUGGCAUCCAUUAGUUGUCAAUAAUGAUAAAGACUGUAAAACAUCAAGUGGUUGUUCAUUACAUUUAUUAAAUCCAACUGAAAGAAAUGGGGAAGGUGAUUAUGUCACCGGUCCAACUCCUGGUAUUCUUUUAGCUGUUGGUAGUAAAGGUAGAAAACUUGAUAGAGAAAUUGAAAAUAUGAGAACUUGGAUUUCAAGAGAUGGAGGGGCUUCUUGGGAUUUGGCCAUUGAAGAACCUUGUUUAUUCUCAUUUGGUGACCAAGGUAAUGUUAUAGUGGCAAUUCCAUUCUAUGCUGGUAUUGAUAAAUUGAGUAUUUCUAAAUUCUAUUUCUCAUUAGAUCAAGGUAAAUCAUUCCAAGAAGAAUCAAUUGAACAUCCAAUUUUCCCAUUAACAUUAACUACUACUGUCGAUGGUACUUCAAGAAAAUUCAUUCUUUCUGGAUUGAUUGAUAAUACUCCUGAAGAUCAUCAUGAUUUUGAUUUUUCAGAAAGUAUGUACGCCAUUGAUUUUACUGAUGCCUUUGAAGGUAAAGUCUGUGAAGACGGUGAUUUCGAAGAUGUAUAUGCAAGAGUAACUAUAAAUGAAGAGCCUAUUUGUGUUUAUGGUCAUAAAGAAAAAUUCAACAGAAGAAAGCAAAAUGCUCAAUGUUUUGUUAAUAAAUUGUUUGAAGAUGUUAAAGUCUAUGAAGAUUCUUGUGAAUGUACUGCUGCUGACUUUGAAUGUGCUUCUGGUUUUGAGCCUGCUGAAGAUAAAUCUUGUCAACCAUUGCAUAGAAACAUUGCUCAUAUGUGUAUGAUGCAAAAAGUGAAAGAAUUGAAUAUCCCUAAUAAAGUAUUAAUGGAUGGUAAUAAAUGUAGCAUGGGUAAAAAGAAAGCUUCUGAAUUUAUCACUAAUCAAAAGCUUAAAUGUUCCGAUUUCCUUGAGUCACAUGAAGGAAGUGAUGAUGGUACCGAUAAAGGUACUACACAUGAUAUUGUGGUUGAAGUUAAUGAAUUCUUGGGAGAACUCCAACAAUAUGCUUACAUCGAAGGUGAUAAAGAUAUGUCAUUUGAGAAUGUUAUUAUUAGAACUGCUGAUUUCCAAGCGUAUAUAUCUAAUGAUGGAGGAUUCGUAUUUAGGAAAGUUCCAGUUGACGAUAAGAUUAUCGGAUUUUAUGAAGGUUAUGCUGCUGGUCAUGUUAUUUUAGUCACUGAUAGCAAGGUUAUUUAUGUUUCUCAUGAUGGUGGUGCUACAUUUGUUAAACAAAUAGCUCCAACAACUCCAAUUCCAAGACGUAAAUCAAUCUCAUUUAAUAAAAUUGAUCCACAUCAAUUCAUCUGGUAUGGUAGUGAACAAUGCACUACCGACGACUGUCCAGUUGAAGCUUAUAUAACUAAAGAUAAUGGUAAAUCAUUUGAUUCCUUGAGUGAAGAUGUUAUAAUUUGUGAUUUUGUAGGUUCUAUUUUUGAUCAAAGUGCCAAUCCAGAUAAGGAUCUUAUCUAUUGUUCGGUGUUAGACAGAUCACAAAGAAGAAUCAAAUUGGUAUCAUCAAGAAAUGGAUUCAAAGAUAGUGAAAUUAAGUUUGAUUACAUUGUGGGAUAUGCCAUUACAGGUGACUUUGUGGUUGUGGCCACUGUUAAUCAAGAAAAGAAAUCCUUACAAGCAAAAGUGACCGUUGACGGUUCUGUCUUUGCUGAUGCUGAUUUCCCAGCUGAUUUCCAUGUUGAAUCACAGCAAGCUUAUACUAUCUUGGAUUCACAAUCGAGAGCUAUUUUCAUGCACGUCACCACUAAUACUGAAGCUGGAAAAGAAUAUGGUUCAAUUUUGAAAUCAAAUUCAAAUGGUACUUCUUAUGUAUUAUCAUUACUGGAUGUCAAUAGAAACAGAGUUGGUUAUGUUGAUUACGAUAGAAUUGAAGGUCUCGAAGGUGUGAUCAUUUCCAAUGUUGUCAUUGGUGUCGAUUCAAAAGGUAAUAAAGAAUUAAGUACUCAAAUCACCCACAAUGAUGGUGGUGAAUGGGCUGCAUUGGUUCCUCCUGUGACGAAUUCCGACGGUCAAAAGUACGGUUGUACUGGUCAAUCAUUAGAACGUUGUUCCUUGCACUUACAUGGAUUUACAGAAAGAGAUGAUUAUAGAGAUACUUUCUCAUCUGCUUCUGCUACUGGUCUUAUAAUUGGAGUAGGUAGUGUUGGUAAAUCGUUAGACACAUAUGAAAGAUCUUCAACGUUUAUGUCUAAUGAUGGUGGUAUAACUUGGAAAGAAAUUAAAAGAGGAGUUUAUAUGUGGGAGUAUGGUGAUAGAGGAACCAUUCUUGUUUUAGUUCCAGCUAAAAAUGAAACUGAUACUUUAUCAUAUUCAUUAGAUGAAGGUACUACUUGGUUGGAUUAUAAAUUUGCUGAUAAACCAAUAAAUGUUUUAGAUUUAGCCACUGUUCCUUCUGAUACUUCAAGAAAAUUCCUAAUAUUUGGAUAUGUUACUGGAGCUAAGACUUCAACACUUACUUAUGCAAUUGAUUUCUCUGGUAUUCAUAGAAGACAAUGUCAAUUAGAUUUAGAUAAUCCUGCCAAUGAUGACUAUGUUUAUUGGUCACCAUCUCAUCCUAAAUUACCUGACAACUGUUUAUUUGGUCAUGAAGCUAAAUAUUUACGUCGUGCAGUUGGUCAUAAUGAUUGUUUUAUUGGAAGUGCUCCACUAUCCGAAGGAUUCAAAGUUAUUAGAAAUUGUUCCUGUACUAGAAGAGAUUAUGAAUGUGAUUAUAACUACUACAGAGAUACUGAUAAUACUUGUAAAUUGGUUAAAGGGUUAUCGCCAACAGAUCGUGAAAAUGAAUAUUGUAAAAAGGAGAAUGCUUUUGAAUAUUUUGAACCAACUGGUUACAGAAAGAUUCCAUUAUCUACUUGUAAUGGUGGUCAAGAAUUUGAUAGUUGGCACGCCAAGGCUUGUCCUGGGAAAGAAAAGGAAUUCAACCAACAUUAUGGUAAAGAAGUUAAAGGUUAUAAAUUAUUUUUGUUGGUGUUUAUUCCUAUUUUCGUCUUCGUCUUUGCCACUGGGUUUGUUUAUGAUAGAGGUAUUAGAAGAAAUGGUGGAUUUAAACGUCUUGGUCAAAUCAGAUUAGAUCUUGAAGAUGAUGAUUUCAAUCCUAUUGAAGAUAAUCAAGUCGAUGUGGUGGUUAAUAGAAUAGUUAGAGGAGGUAUAUUUGCUAUGGCUGCUACUUUCGCUACAUUUAAAGCCAUCCAAAAGAUUGAUAGAAUAAUAUUGGAUAAGCUUACUUCAGCCAUUUUCCGUCGUACCCCAGGCAGAAGAAAUUAUGUUCAAGUACCAGAUUUAGAUGAUGAAGAUGAAUUAUUUGGUGAUUUCCGUGAUGAUUAUGAAGAAGAAAUUAAUGAGGGUACAGCAAACUUGGAUCAAGAAUUUACAGAUGGAUCUGAAAAUGAUGAUUUAAAUAACGUUACUACAGAGGAGACUGAAACAGAUGUUGAUUCUCGUCUAUUUGGUAUCGAUGAUCAUUCAGAUGAAGAAUCUCAUCCUGAAUUAUUAUAAGCGUACAGAGAUAAAAACUGUAUAGAAAAUUUUUAUAUCUAACAAUUUAAAAACACAAUAAAAGAAAGUAUUAUUAUAAAUUAUAAUCUUGUAGACGUCUUGGUCUUCGGAUAAAGGAGAUGCAAAAAAAUAAUUCAAAAAAAGAAAGGAAUUGACACGGACAGGAAUCGAACCUGCAACCCUUCGAUUUGGAGUCGAAAGCUCUACCAUUGAGCCACCGCAUCACCCUUAAAGUUGGAAAUUUUUGUGGUUUAAUAUGCACGUGAAAUAUAUUACACUGAAACUGCAAAAUUUUGUUCUAAACUGUAAAAUA